AGAGUAUUGGCGCUCUACGUUCGUCCUCAUCUCGUGUCGAGUAAAAGUCGGCAGAGUACCGCUAUAUAAGCACACGACCUCCGCCGCAGGAGCACUCACCAGCCAGCCGUCACCCCGAACACAUCGCAAUGGCACAGAGAACCCUCAUGACGCUAGCGGUCGCGCUGUUGGCAACAGUGGCUGCCGAGCCCCCGGUGGGCUACAGCUACGCGGCGCCCUCACUGGGGCACGGCUCCGGAAGCUCCGUGCUCAGUUCAGGCGGCCACUACCACUCCGUGCCGGUCGGCCACCAGUCCUCGGAGGGCUACCACAUCGACCCACAUCUACUUGAGAAGAUCCGCCACAUCAUCCUGAAGGACGAGAUCCAGAACCAGGCCUACCAGUCAGCGUCUUCCUCCCACGGUAUUUCCUCGCACUACGGCGCGCCCGCGCCCGUGUACGGUGUCCCCCACGACCGUGUGGUCGGCGUGGAGCUAGAGUCUCUUCAGCAGGGCAUCCAGGUCGCGCAGUACCACCAGGCCGUGGAGGACUACUCCGGCGGUUACAGCGGUGGCUACUCUGGCUACUCCAGUGGCGGUAACGGCUACUCCAGCGGCGGCCACGGCUACGCCUCUUACUCUGCCCCCUCAUCCGGCUACGCCACCAUCGGCGCCCCAUCCGGCUCAUACGGCGUGCCUUCCCCCUCCUCCUCCUACGGCGUGCCGCACUGAACCGAUAGUCAGAUAUAAUGGAUAUAGACGUUGUUGUAUUAUAUUUGUUGUAAGUUUCUGUAAAUAAAUUCUGUUUUGUAGUAA